GCGCUUCCUUGGUACUGCAAGAGCUGCUGCGGGCCUUCGGGGAGACCGUGGUGGAAUCAUGCAGAGGCGCGGCAGUGUGCGAAGUGCAAGCUGGGCAAGGGACUGGUCUUCCACAGCGUGCGCCAGCCCUCGGCCCCCUCCCAGCGGAGGAAGGGCAAUCAGGGCGGCAGCGGCAACGGCUACUGGGACGACUCCGUCAAGGUGGCCAAUCUCAAGUCCGAGCUCGCCGAGGCCCGCAAGCGGCUUGCCGCUGUGCAGAGGCCGCCGCCUGGCGGGGAGGACGUGCAGAUGGAGCCGGCCGCGGACGGAGACGGCCCCGAGUCCGUCGCCAAGGACAGGCUACGCGAGGGCAUCACCGAGCCGUCGGUCGUGGCCACGCGCGACAAGCUGCUGGCCGAGCAGGCCGAGCUGCGGGCUAGGGUGGCGGAGUCCCGACCGCUCGGACAGCGCUUGCGCGAGAUGGGAACUCAGUUCACCAGGCUGCAGAAGCUGCGCGACGACCAGCAGACCAAGCUCGAUGGGCUGCAGGUGCAGUUGCGCGACCUGCAGGAGAAGGAACGGCUCACUCGGGACAAGCUGGCGGCCCUCGACGCUAGCAUGGAGGAGCUGGACCAGGAGCGCAAGAGGCUUCAAGGGCAGGUUCCGACGCCUGGCGACAAGGCGUCGCUCGACGAGCCGAUCAAGGGGGUUGGUGCCACGCUCGAGGGCCUCGGGAUCUUGCUCCAGAGCCUGGGCGCCGAUCACCAGCUGUCGGGCAGCCUCACGGCGAGCUUCCAGGAGCUGCAGAGGUUGCAGGAGGAGGAGGCGGCAAAGUUGGCUGCCCAGAAGGCGCAGGCGGAUGCUGGGGCCGAGGCUGGUCCCGACGUUGAGCAGGCCGAGCGGCAGGACGACGCGGCAGCGCCUCGCACACCACAGCCAUCUGCCUUCUCCGACGACCCUGAGUUCAUGGAGGAAGUCGUUGCGGCUGGGGGCGAGAAGCACAGGCUGGAGGAGAUCUUCAUGCGUUGGGGUGCGAAGGUCAAGAGGCCCAGGCUCACCCCUGCCUAG